CUGGAGACAUGGAGCUUUCAGAGAUGUAUCUUGCAACUACUCUGCUAGUCUUACUGGUUUCUUCUCCUGCAACGGCGCAAACACCCCCUGCACCAAAUCAACCUCCACCCGUUCCCCAGACCCUGCCCCGGCCCACUCCAUGUAAACCUUACAGCACUUCUCUCAGUCACUGGUCCUUUCCAUUCUUUCCUCGAGUAUCUUCUACAGACCCGUGUCAUCGAUACCUUCCAAAACCAAGCUAACAAUUCCGAACAAGGAAUCACCAUCUUUGUGCCGAAGGACGCAGCCUUUGCAUUACUGAAGAGUUCGACUCUGGCCAACCUUACUCAAGACCAACUCAGGAUCCUACUCCUCUACCAUGCCUUCCCCAAGUUCUAGUCGAUUUCCGAUUUUAGGAACCUCAGCAACUUGAACCCCGUCAACACCUUCGCCGGUGGGCAGUACACUUCGAACGUCACAGAAGCCGCUGGCCUCGUUCAUAUCAUUUCGUCUUGGUCAAGAUCAAAGAUACCUAGCAGUGUGCACUCGACCGUCCCGGUUGAUCGAUCGCGUUCUACUUCCCUUGGCAAUCUUCAGCACUGAUCCACCUCUGUCACCAGCUCCCGCCCCUGCUCCGGGGCCUGCAAAGCCAUCGGAUUCGACUCCAAGCCGCGGUGGAAUUGUUUCUGCUGCUAAAUCUUCAGAGUCGUCGAGGACCGGUGGUACUUCAUACAGCGCCCGUGUUGGUCUCUUAAACUACUUCGUCUUGGCUCUUUCGGGCGGUCUGAUGUUUGCUCUAUAGCAUCUCCACACGUUCGGUGCCAUGGCUUUGUUUUGAUUCAGUUGUUUUGGUCUUCUUUUGAAUGGAGUUGUGAUAUAUUGUUUAAAUGGGGGUUUUGCCUCCUGUAUUCUGAGAUCUUGCUAUCCUUCAGAUUUUGUUCUUUGUCACGCGUCUAGAAUAGCUCUGCAUUCAAUGUGCUUAGCUCCAUUUGCCACGCACAUUUCGCAUCUUUCAGCUAGUGCCCACCCUACCUUGUCAUGCACACAGAACCCAAAAUCUGCAAUAGAAGAAUUGGGUGUAAAUGAGCCAUCGCAGCUAUAUAUCUUAACCUCUUCUUCUUCCUCCAACGCUUCCAUCCUUUCCAUCUCUCACUGAGCAAUCUCCUUGUAGUUCUCUUGCAGCUGGCAAUAGUCUUUUGUAUACGCCAUCACCCUGUAUCAUAUGUUAGUAGAAGAGAACAAAUUGUUUUUAAAGUGGGCUUCAUUCCUAUUCGAUCAUAACAUCCAAUGGGAAAUUUGGAAAGGUGCUCGCCUUCUUCUAAUCACGCCCCUUGGUGUCAGCGAUCAAUGUUUAAAAUCGAACACACAUCCACGAAGCAAGGAGCCUGAGUACAAAUCCAUCUAUCCUUGGCCGAAUUGGAUUGGUGGAAUAGUCCUUGAGACACCGUCAUGGGUUUCCGAGGGGGAAGGAACCGAAUCGGAUGGGUGCCUCCCCGGAUCUUCUCUUCCAUCACCCCACGAGAUUGGGGUCAGCGGAGAAUCCAAAGGUAUAUAAGAAAGAAGGAACUUCGAGCACAGAGUACGGAGAAACCCCAGAGAAAAGUUCCAAAGUCGCAGUUUUGCGGGUUGUAAUUUUCACUUUCGGCCAAAUCUUCGACUCCCACAGAUCGGAGAUUUUGGUUGCGCUUUGGUCGGAGAGAGUCGUAGAAUCUGAAAGAAGUUCAUUUGAUCGAGAAAGAAUGUUGGGGUAUGGUGGUGUUCUCGUCGCUGAUCCCUGGCUCCAAAACCAAUUCACUCAGGUGGAGCUUCGACGCCUCAGGUCUAAGUUUGUUUCGGCAAAAAGGGAGAUGGGUCAUGUGACAGUCAACGUGUUGCCUCCACUGAUGGGAAAGCUUAAGGGCCUGAAUCAGGUGGUCAUGGAACCAGAGAUUGCUAAUUUCUUAGCCGAAUCCUACCCGGAUACCAACCGUGAGGUAGACUUCGAAUUGUUCCUUCAGGUGUAUUUGGAUCUUAAAGCAAAGGUAGCACCCAAAUCAAGCAGUGUGAAGGGCUGCUGGUCAUUCUUGAAGGCAACCACGACCACACACUUGCACACUAUAAAUGAAUCAGAGAAGGCGUCUUAUGUUGCACACAUCAACAACUAUCUUGGAGAAGACCCAUUCUUGCAAAAGUAUCUGCCACUGGAUCCAGCAACAAAUGAUCUGUUCAAUCUUGUUAAAGAUGGAGUUCUUCUAUGUAAAUUAAUCAAUGCUGCCGUUCCGGGGACUAUAGAUGAGAGAGCAAUCAAUACCAAACAAGGACUUAACCAUUGGGAGAGGAAUGAGAAUCACACUCUUUGCUUGAAUUCUGCAAAGGCUAUUGGGUGCAUUGUAGUUAAUAUUGGAACUCAGGACUUAAUAGAAGGGAGACCUCAUUUGGUGCUUGGGUUGAUAUUUCAGAUCAUAAAGAUAAAACUUUUGGCAGAUCUUAACCUCAAGAAGACACCUCAGCUCAUGGAGUUGGUUGAUGACAACAAGGAUGUGGAGGAACUAAUGAGCCUAGCGCCAGAAAAGAUGUUGCUAAAAUGGAUGAAUUUUCAUCUCAAGAGAGCAGGCUACAAAAAAACUGUGACAAAUUUUUCUUCAGAUGUGAAGGAUGGGAGGGCCUAUGCUUACCUUCUUGACGCCCUUGCCCCUGAGCUUUCACAAACUUUGGAUAUUAAAGAUCGUAAUGAAAGGGCAAAACAAGUUAUUGAACAAGCUGAGAUGCUGGGUUGCGAAAGAUACUUGAGUCCAAAAGACAUUGUUGAAGGCUCUCCCAACUUGAACCUUGCAUUUGUUGCACAAAUAUUUCAGCAUAAGAAUGGUUUAUCCUCUGACAAUAAAUAUAUAUCUUUAUCACAAACAAUGCCUGGUGACAUCCAAGUUUCUCGGGAAGAAAGAGCUUUUCAAUUAUGGAUCAACAGUCUUGGAAUUGUUACAUAUGUUAACAAUUUGUUUGAGGAUAUCAGGAAUGGAUGGGUUCUUUUGGAAGCACUUGACAAAGUGUCUCCAGGAUCAGUUAAUUGGAGGCAGGCAACAAAGCCUCCAAUUAAGAUGCCCUUUAGAAAAGUUGAAAACUGCAACCAAGUUAUAAAGGUUGGGAAGCGGUUGAACUUUUCACUAGUAAAUGUUGCUGGCAGUGACAUUGUGCAAGGAAAUAAAAAGCUUAUUCUUGCUUAUCUGUGGCAGCUAAUGCGUUUCAACAGUCUUCAACUUCUAAAGAACUUGAGAUUUCACACCCGAGGAAAAGAAAUAUCAGAUGCUGGUAUCUUAGAUUGGGCCAACAAUAAAGUCAAGGAAUCAGGCAGAACUUCUCAAAUGGAGAGUUUCAAGGAUAAAAAUUUGUCAAGUGGAAUAUUUUUCCUUGAGCUUCUUAGUGCUGUGGAGCCGAGGGUGGUAAACUGGAAGCUCGUUACACGGGGUGUAAAUGAUGAGGAAAAGAUGUUGAAUGCUACAUACAUUAUCAGUGUAGCGAGAAAGCUUGGAUGUUCUGUAUUUUUGUUGCCUGAGGAUAUCAUUGAGGUAAACCAGAAGAUGAUCCUUGCCCUUACUGCCAGCAUCAUGUAUUGGAGUCUGGGGAAGCCUAGAGGAAACUCUUAACAGGCGAGUCUCCAGCUAAAGUUUCGGGAGCUGUCGGCUGAUGAUGGUGAAGAUGGAAGUACUGUUGCACGGAGCAAUUGAGACCUGACAAUUGAUGAUGCUGCCUCUGAAACCUCACAGACAGAAAAUGGCAAUGGAAUCAAUGGAGAGUGAUUUUGUUUACAUAUUAAUAGAGUAGAAGUCUGGUAGGUAAUAUCUAUAUUUUUCUCUAGAUUACUGUCGAUAGUCUAUGCUUUUGCUUUUUCUACUUCUGACUUUUCGAUAGGGUGGAGAGACAAUAAAGAAAGAUUUAGGCUUGAAAUGCAUUUGUAGGUUUCUUUUUUUGAAGUAGUUGUUCUUUGAUAAUUCGUGUUCUUUUCUGAACAAUGAAGGAAAAAAAAAAUGUGUUCUUUUUUGAAGGAAUA